AUGCAUCAUACAAGCAUCAGACACGCAUUGGACACGCAUCGGGCACGCAUCCGACACGCAUCCGGCACGCAUCGGGCACGCAUCGGACACGCAUCGGACACGCAUCGGGCACGCAGACAUGCGUACAUAUGUACACACAUCCAUACAUACAUCAUACAUGCAUCCGGACAUGCAUCAGACACGCAUCUGACACACAUCAGACACGCAUCAGACACACAUCGGACACACAUCGGACACGCAUCGGACACGCAUCAAACACGCAUCGGACACGCAGACAUACGUACAUACGUACACACAUCCAUAGUACAUCAUACAUUCAUUCGGACAUGCAUCAGACACGCAUCCGACAUGCAUCCGACACGCAUCCGAACACGCAUCCGAACACGCAUCGGACACUCAUCAGACAUGCAUCAGACACACAGACAUGCGUACAUACGUACACACAUCCAUACAUACAUCAUACAUUCAUUCGUACACGCAUCAGACACGCGUACAUACGUACAUAUGUACACACAUCCAUCCAUACAUCAUACAUUCAUUCGGACACGCAUCGGACACGCAUCGAUCACGCAUUGGACACGCAUUGGACACGCAUCAGACAUGCGUACAUACAUGCAUCAUACAAGCAUCAGACACGCAUCGGGCACGCAUCGGACACGCAUCGGACACGCAGACAUGCGUACAUACGUACACACAUCCAUACAUUCAUCAUACACGCAUCCGACACGCAUCCGACACGCAUCCGACACGCAUCCGACACGCAUCCGACACGCAUCCGACACGCAUCCGACACACGUACAUCCGUACAUGCAUCAGGCAUGCACCAUCCAUCCAUCCAUAAAACCUAAAUAA